GCCGUCUCUAGAAAGUUCUCCCCCCACGUCCUUCGCGGCCGCCCGGCUCCUCCCAGCCCCUCCCUCCGCGGCGGUGGGACCAAUCGCUCCCCCGGCCGCCCACGACCCACCUCCUGCGCCCGCCCGCGCCGGAGCAGAGGUGCGCGAGCCACGGCCGGCCGCCCGCACAGCCGCGCACUGACCGGCGCCCGCUGCCCGAGGAACGGCACGAUGACCGCAGAGGAGACGAAGGCUGCAGACAGCGGAGCGCAGUCGGCGCCGCUGCCCCUCGAGGGGGUGGACAUCAGUCCCAAGCAGGAUGAGGGAGUGCUUAAGGUCAUCAAGCGAGAGGGCACAGGCACGGAGAUGCCCAUGAUCGGGGACCGAGUCUCUGUCCACUACACGGGCUGGCUGAUGGAUGGCACCAAGUUUGACUCCAGCCUGGACCGCGAGGACAGAUUCUCCUUCGACCUGGGGAAAGGGGAGGUCAUCAAGGCUUGGGAUAUUGCUGUAGCGACCAUGAAGGUGGGGGAAGUGUGCCACAUCACCUGCAAGCCAGAAUACGCCUACGGUUCGGCGGGCAGCCCUCCCAAGAUCCCUCCCAACGCCACGCUUGUGUUCGAGGUGGAGUUGUUUGAGUUCAAGGGAGAGGACCUGACGGACGAAGAAGACGGCGGGAUCAUCAGGAGAAUCCGGGCUCGGGGGGAAGGCCACGCCAAGCCCAACGAUGGCGCCCUCGUGGAGGUUGCGCUGGAAGGGUACUACAAGGACCAGAUCUUUGACCGCCGGGAGCUCCGCUUUGAGGUCGGCGAGGGGGAGAGCGUGGAUCUGCCUUGUGGGCUGGAGAAAGCCAUUCAGCGCAUGGAAAAAGGAGAACAUUCCAUCGUGUAUCUCAAGCCCAGCUAUGCUUUUGGCAGCGUUGGGAAGGAAAAGUUCCAGAUCCCACCAAAUGCUGAGCUGAAGUAUGAAGUACAGCUCAAGAGUUUUGAGAAGGCCAAGGAAUCCUGGGAGAUGAGUUCAGAGGAGAAGCUGGAGCAGAGCACUAUAGUGAAGGAGCGGGGCACCAUGUACUUCAAGGAAGGCAAGUACAAGCAGGCUCUGCUGCAGUACAAGAAGAUUGUGUCCUGGCUGGAAUUCGAGUCGAGUUUCUCUAACGAGGACGCACAGAAGGCACAGGCCCUUCGGCUGGCCUCCCACCUCAACCUGGCCAUGUGUCACCUGAAGCUGCAAGCCUUCUCAGCUGCCAUUGAGAACUGCAAUAAGGCCCUGGAACUGGACAGUAACAACGAGAAGGGCCUUUUCCGCCGGGGAGAGGCCCACCUGGCGGUGAACGACUUUGACUUGGCACGGGCUGAUUUCCAGAAGCUCCUGCAGCUCUACCCCAGCAAUAAAGCAGCCAAGGCCCAGCUGGCUAUCUGCCAGCAGCGGAUCCGCAAGCAGCUUGAGCGGGAGAAGAAGCUCUACGCCAACAUGUUUGAGAGGCUGGCUGGGGAGGAGAGCAAGGCCAAGGCCACGGCUGCGGGAAACCAGCCCGCUGACACGGAGAUGAAGGACGAGCAGAAGAACGAUGUGGCAGGGGGCCAGCCUCAGGUGGAGGCGGAAGCUUAGCCCCGCCCAGCCCUGCUCCCGGCUGCCUGCCCCCUCCUCCCUACCUUCCUCCACCCUGUUAGUUUUGUAAAAACUGAAGAACUUUGAGUGAA